ACUACUCACUCUACAUCACAUCAGCCGUACAUCCUUUGAAGAUGUCUCUUUAAACAUCGUCCGUUCCCCAGCCUCCAAAAAUUUCCACUCAUUCAGAAUUCCAAAGAGCGGCUGAUCUCCUUGAAGUCUAUUUGAAUGCUGCACCCCGGAGUAACUUGCGCGUUUUAUGGUUCUGCCGCGACCUUCCCCACAGGCUGAGCACGAUGCCCGAGCUCUCCGCCGCGAUACACGGGCAUCACUGGAUAUAAAUGACUGAUCCAAGUGUGUGUGACUUCAGUGGACCGAACCAAAGGCUGCAUGGGAGAUGAAAGCAGCAGGCAAACAUCAACCCGAUCUGUUAGAAAGACCUGUCAGCCUUCUAGUACCGACAUGGACAAAAAACGGACUUGCACUUUUGUAUGAUGAACACACUAGUAACACCUAUGACGUUCGUUUGAAGUUGACGAAAGAGUUGUUAAUCAUACAAAAACAGGACGUGGUUUGCAUUAACGGCAGCGUCUCCCACUUAAAUCACAGAACUGUUGUACUUCGACGGCAGGGGACUGGAGGUCUCGGUCUGAGCAUCAAAGGCGGAGCGGAACACAAAGUGCCUGUGGUCAUCUCUAAGAUUUUCAAAGAUCAAGUAGCCGAUCAGACGGGCAUGCUGUUUAUCGGCGACGCCGUGUUGCAGGUCAAUGGAAUAAACGUGGAGACGUGUACACACGAGGAAGUAGUUCAUCUUUUGCGAACGGCUGGCGAGGAAGUUACCAUCACUGUACGCUACCUCAAGGAAGCGCCAGCCUUUUUGAAACUCCCAUUAGGUUCGCCUGGACCAUCCAGCAAUCACAGCAGCAGGGCAUCGUCGCCGCUUUUCGACAGCGGUUUGCAUUUGAACGGGAACUCGAGCAACACUGCCCCGUCUUCGCCCUCCUCACCUUCGGAUAAUGAACCAAAGUACGAAAAGCGCUGGCUCGAUGCCAUCACCCUGGCUCUGUUCAUGUCCAGAAUCUGACGCAAAGCUGGAACAGACAAAUUAAGAUCAAACAGUUUUGAAGUCAUUGCCUUAGAUGGAGUUUGCACGCACGUUCUGCAGUUUUGCACGGCAGCAGAAAGCACAGACUGGCUUCAAGCUAUAUCAACCAAUAUCAACGACUUGACCCUGGAGAGCAUAAAAUCGGCAAACAAAUACUGUUCUCCCGAAGAUCAGAUUGUCCAUAUGGGUUGGGUGUGCGAGCACGUACAAGGGAGCGAUGCCGACCCGAUUCACGGCUGCAGGUUUCUGGCAUUGAGAGGAUCGUCUCUGCUCAUCUUCAGAAGUCCUCCGGUCACAGCGUCAGACUGGACUCAAGCGGAAGCCACUUUUCACCUCUGUGAGGUUCUUUUUAAAGUUCAUAAGUUGUGGAUAGCAGAAGACUGCUGGAUUCAGCCGAAGUUUUAUGUGGGCGUACAGCAGGACGGUGAGCUGCGGGACAGUGAGCCCUUUUGCUUCAGUGUGUUGGUGGGUCACGGUCAGAGUUUCUGCUACAGCGUUGAGCUCGGAUCUGAACUCGUGCUGUGGGAGAAAGCCUUUCAAAGAGCCAUGUUCAUCGAGGUACAGCGAGUACGGUCAAAGAGCUACAUGUGCAGCAGUCUGGGGAAGAUCCUGUGCUUCACAAUCGACUUCGAAUCGGGCUUCUCCUGCUCCGAGAGCAAUCCAAAGAAGAUCAUUUGGAAGUACAAAUUCUCCCAGCUCAAGGGAUCCUCUGAUGAUGGCAAGACGCGAGUGAAACUCUUAUUCCAGAAUUCAGAAAAUAAACAGAUUGAAAUGAAGGAGUUGGAGUUUGCAAAUCUGACGGCAGUUCUUCACUGCAUACACGCGUUCAUUGCUGCCAAAGUGGCGACGGUGGAUCCCGUCUUUGUCAACAAUCAACGCAUCACGCAGAAGUACAUGAGCAACAGCUAGAAACGUCCUUGUUUCACGAACUUCCGAUCGCAUCUGUUGAUUCAGUAUCUAUUUUAUGCACAUGAACAUUGAUGGAUUUAUCUAGUUCUCAUUAUUUUUGUAUGAAUCUUCUAAAGUGAGAAGGAUGUUUAAGAAAAGUAGACAGUAUUUGACAUGCAUUGAACUAUGAUUUCUUACCUACUAAUAUGAUCAAGUAUGUGCUUAAAAUGAUCUCAUAUUGAUUAUGUAGCAGAGCAUAUGAUCACACAUACAGGUAUGGCAUUAUCAGUUAAUGCAUGCACAGCAUCAAACAAUUUACAAGACAAAACGGGUGAAGACUUUUAAUAGUAAUAGCAACCAAACUUUGGCAAAUAUUUGACUUUCAGUGCUCUUUUAACAUCUGCACAUUUUUAUUCAAUGACUCGAAUAAAGAACUUUAAUUUAGCACAAAGCAAAAUGGCAAGUCUUCUAUAAUAGUUUGAAGUCACUAUUGACUAUUACCUUUAUUUGAAGUGCUACCUACAGUAUGUUACACACAUGUAAUACUUGUAAUGGCAAAGUAGUCAUCUAAUAGAACAGUCAUUAGACGGUCUUGUCAUCUACUGUCUUUAACAAAUUGAAUUUCUGUCAUGUUUGCUAAUCUGCUAUUCUUUAAUAGAUAU